GGCCGUGGGAGGAUGGAAGGUAACCACGCCUUCUCCUCUGGGGUACUAAUCCCCUCCUUCCUCCUCUUGAUUCGGACUCACAGCUCGUCUUCUCAAUCCCUCCUCUCUCCCCCUUUUAUCCCUCACAGCCAUCGGAGCACUCCAUCUCCCUCCUCUCCAGGCCCCCCACAACCUCGUCCAUUUCUCUCAGAAGAGAGGGGCGAGGGGAUUAGGGAGCCGGGCGUCGGGCAGAGAUGUUGCAGAGAGCCGCGAACAACGCGUACUCGUGGUGGUGGGCCAGCCACAUCCGGACCAAGCAGUCGAAAUGGCUCGACAGCAACCUCCAAGGCCAGUCUCUUGAUCCUCCUCUACCUCUCACUACGUCUGUGAUUGUUCAUGCAGAGAUGGAGGAUGUAGUGAAACGAAUGCUCAAGCUCAUUGAUACAGAUGCUGACUCCUUUGCCAAGAGGGCAGAGUUGUACUUCAAAAGGAGACCAGAGUUGAUAAACUUUGUGGAAGAUGCCUACAGGGCUUACAGAGCAUUGGCUGAAAGAUAUGACCACAUAUCAGGAGAACUACACAAGGCCAACCACACCAUAGCAACUGCUUUUCCUGAACAAGUUCAGUAUGCCAUGCUAGAGGAGGAGGAGGAUAGUUUGCCUAAAGCAAUUACCCCGAUUGAUCCUAGUAAAAUUAACAAGCCAACAGUGGAGGGAUUGAUGAACAAAAGAAGAGAAAAUGAAUCGUCUAUAAGGAGGAAACAGAAGAAGGGUAAUGCACCUCAGUUCAAUAACGAACAGGCUCAAGAAGAGAUAAAUAAGCUCCAGAAAGGAAUACUGGUUCUGCAGACUGAGAAAGAAUUCAUCAAGAGCUCAUAUGAGAGUGGGAUAGUCAAGUAUUGGGAGAUUGAAAAGCAAAUAGUGGAGAUGCAAGAAAAAGCUUGUGGCUUGCAAGAUGAGUUUAGUACUAGUGCAGUCAUUGGGGACAACGAGGCACACGCCUUGAUGACAGAGACAGCUCUUAAAUCUUGUGAGGAUGCCAUAGUUAACUUGCAGGAACAACGAAAGAAAUCAUUGGAACAAGCAAAAGUAGAGUCUGAAAGAAUUAAGAUCGCUGGCAAAAAGUUGAAAAUUUUCAAAGGUGAGAAUUGUCAAUCAGAAAUGGUAAAUGCAGACAUGUCUGGUGAAAACACACAGAUGGGCUUCACUGCUGAAAAAAUGGAGGGAGAUGAGUAUGCUCUAAACAAGGCAAGGCUUGAGUUACAGUCCAUAUGUGAGAAAAUUAGGACUCAUUUUGAAAUGAAUACUGAAAGUUCUGUAUCUGAAAUGGCGGAAAAGAUUAAUGAGCUUGUAAAUAAAGUAAUUACGUUGGAACUCACUGUUUCAUCACAGGCAGUACAAAUAAAUCAAUUGACUUCAGAAAACAAUGAACUCGAUGAAUGUCUUCUGAAAUUGGAAGAGGAGAAAAAUGUUCUGAUCAAUGACUCAAAUGCAUUGUCUAAAAGACUGAAGGAAGCUGAAGAGGAGUUAAGCAGAGUUCAGGCAAUUGAGAAAAUUGUCCAAGACGAAGAAAUAGUUUUCCAUGAAAACUUGGCUGCAGCAUGUUGCAGCAUCAAAGGUUUUUCAGAUAAGCUGCAGUCUCAUGAGCAUCCAGAAGAUGAUUGUAUAGUAGAGAAAGAAGUUUCAAAAUCUAGCACUGAACCACAGAGAGAGUGUCAGGAUAAAAAGGAAAAUGAAAUCCAUGAGAUGAAGAAAGGUUUGGAAGAAGAGAUUCAUACAACUCAGGAACUUGGUCAUUUCCUAAAAGAUCUUUCCCAGACUGAGGCAGAUUCUGGACUCAAGAGUGCUUCAGGAAGGAAUGAGGACUUGAUACAAAGAAAUGAACUGGCGAAGAAAGUUUCAUCACAAGCAGAUCUUAGCAUUCGUCUAAAUAACAAUGAACAAAUUUUGCCCGACGGAGAAGAGCAAACUCUUAAGUUUCAGCAAAUAAUUUUAACUGGUUUAGAAGGUAGAGAAAAGAUUCUACUAGCUGAGUACACGUCACUCUUGCAAAAUUACAAAGAGACAAAGAGAAGGCUCUCUGAAGAAGUACUGAACAAAAAUCAGUAUCUUCAAAGGACGAUGGCUUUGACAGGGGAACUGAAGAAUGCCAUUGCAAUCAAAGAUGAGGAGAUACGACUGUUGAGACAAUGGCUGGCCUCUCUAAAAAUGAGUUCUAGUGUCACGCUAGAUGCACCUUCUGUUGAAGGCUUUUGGCAUGGUCAACACAAGGUUGAAGGCAUAUCCAACUCUCCAAUGGUCACGCAGAAUCCUACUCGAGAUCCUGAGAUGUCCAAAGAUCUAAAUGCAUCCGCUACCAAACAAGAUUCGUGUGUUGAGUAUACAGAAAUAACAAGUCCCCUUGCACAAGGCACUAAUGCAAAUUGUAUCGAUGAGCCAACGAGCAUUUCACCCAUCGGAGAAAAAUUUAGAAGAGAUAUUGAUGCUUUGCUUGAUGGAAAUUUAGAAUUCUGGCUAAGGUUUAGCACAUCAUUCCAUUUCAUACAAGACUUCAGAGCAAAGUUCAAAGACCUACAAGCUGAUAUCAGUAAGCCGAAGGACCACAAGACACUGGAGGGCAAUGGUGGUGCUGCUAGUGAUCGAGCUGGGAAACCUGAACCAGCACUUUUAACCACAAGACUGAGAGAAUUGAAAACUGAACUACAGGUAUGGUUGGAACAAUCCACACUAUUAAGAGCAGAGCUGCAUGGUAGGAUCUCAUCUCUUUGCUACAUGCAAGAGAAGAUCUCUGGUGCCGUCAACACAGAAUUAGAACCUGGAGAAGUGCUGCUCACUCCUUGUCAAGCUGCAGGGUUUCACGGUGAGGUGAUGAACAUGAAACAGGAGAACAAUAAAGCCGCUAGUGAACUGCAGAUGGGAAUCGAUUACAUCAGGAGGCUUCAACUAGAAAUCGAGCAGCAGCUGUCCGAACUACGUGAGCCAUUUGUACCAAAAAGCAGCCCAACCGAUCACUUGGAAAAUUCUCCAAAGAGGACCAAUGUGCCAUUGCGGGUCUUCCUUUUUGGUGCCAAGCCUAAGAAACCAUCUUUAUUUGCACGCAUCCAACCUAUGUUUCAGAGACAAAACAGCAAGCUUCGGGCUGGGCAUCGGUCAAAACGGUUUUCUCAGCCCGAGUAG